UUAAAAAAAACAAUAAGCUCUUUUGUUUCUUUACUUGUUUUCGACUUUUAAAUGAUCUCAAUUUUGUUGAAGUACAUUGCCUGACACUUUUUAGUUUAUCUCUCUGAUAUGUAAACCAGAAAAAAGCUGACAUUAAAUUAGCAUGUUGAGCAAAGAUGAGUUUCCGCUUGUGACUUUUCAUGUUAUGAGGAAUUCUCGGAAUUGAUACAGUAUUGUCUGUGUUAUAACAUUAACUUUGAAAAGCUAUACAGUUCUUUCUACUUUCCGUUAUGGGCAACCAAAAUGACGAUGCAACAGUUUUCGGUUAUGGAUCCAUCGGACAAUAUCAAAAGUCAAUCAGCCAGGAGAAAUUUUCUUAUUAUGGCCAUUUUGUGUUUCGUUUUUGCAUUCAUCUUCAUUUGCACCGUUGUUGUAGUUGUCCUUACAAAUAUUGAAAAUAAAAAGCAGUAUCAAUAUGGUCCAAGUGCUGAAUUGAAGUAUCAAACUAUCAAUAUAACCAGUUCGUUUUCCCUUAUUCAACCUUCUACUCCUAGUCUGACAUCAUCAAUGAAAACAUCAAAUUUAGAAAUGUCUCCCACAGAAAUUCAAGCAACAUCCACUAUACGUAAAGAAUACUCAAGUUCAGCUCUGAGGACCACAAUAGAUAGUACAAGUCUUGUACAGUCUUUUUCACUGCUGACAACGUAUAAAUCAAAUUCAGUAUUAUCAACUGCUACCUCACUAGUACAAAAUUUAUCCCUGUCAUCGGUGGAGUUACAUAGUAAAUCUUCCUCUGUUCUCCAGCCAUCAACAGUAGAUUUUACAUCCAGUGAUUUAUCAUCUGUGUCCCCCUCAGCUCUGACCAGCAGUCACCCCGUUACAACGACAGACCCUCCAAUCACACUGGCAGCCUGUGCAAAUUCAGACUUUACUUGCCGCAGUGGAGAAUGUGUGAACCAUGAGAAUGCUAAAUGUAAUCGAUAUUUUGACUGCCAGGACAAAUCGGAUGAAGAGAACUGCACAGACUGUAUCGGUGUCCAGUGUGCCUCGGGUCUCUGCCUGUGGAGCUGGAGCCGUUGUGAUGGUACAGUAGACUGCCCUGAUCUCAGUGAUGAAAUCAAUUGUGAUGCAGAUAGUAACAAGAAAAAAUGUGACAAUGGGGUGUGGAUCUACAAAUAUCAGUGGUGUGAUGGGAUAGAUAACUGUUAUGAUAAUAGUGAUGAGAAAAAAUGUAGCUGUCUGGCAGGGCUGGAGGUAGAGUGUGGGGAUGGACAGUGUAUACGUAGAGACUGGGUCUGUGAUGCCUACCAGGACUGUAGCACAGACGAGAUGGGGUGUGAUAAAUGUAGCAGUUCUCAGUACACGUGUCAGGAUUAUAGCUGUGUAGACAAGAUCAAAGUGUGUGACGGUGACCCGGACUGUUCCCAGGGGGAGGAGGAGACACAGUGCUUUAAGUUCCUGAGUAACAUCUCGGAUUCCAGUGGCCUACUUGUUGGACUCUUCAGGGGAGAUAAUUCUGUCUAUCCUGUGUGUAGCACAAACUGGAGACUCCAUUACAGUGACACAGUGUGCAGAAAUAUGGGUCACGAAGAAGCAGCGAUGACCUUGACCUCCCCACUACCUCCUGCAGUUCAGUAUCUGGAGCUGUCUGACAACAUCACAGACACACAGACAUUCUUCAAACACCUACAAACCAGCUUUACCUGCAGAACAAACAGGACAGUUGAGAUCACCUGCUUGACAAAAGUUUGUGGUAAGAGGAGCUCUGGACUGCUGGUGCCCUUCAUCUCUGGAGGAGAGUUGUCCACUAGGGGGCGUUGGCCCUGGGUGGUGUCGUUGUCGUAUCUAGGGAAACCAAUCUGUGGUGGCGUGUUGAUAAACCCUCUCUGGGUCCUCACAGCAGGUCACUGUAUAGCCGUGUCUGGAGUUUAUAAUUAUACGAAUACUCCAAACAAUGUGCAGGUUUUGCUGGGAUCUGUAAAACGUGCUCGUGACUUAAUGAGGGGGGCUUUGUUACUGCGGGCUGUAGAGAUUCGGCACCACCCAGACAUGAAGUGGACAGGAGACGGGACAAUCUACUGGGACAUUGCUCUGAUCCGAGUGGAGCAUCCAGUGACCUUCACCUCUGUAAUCCAGCCCAUCUGUCUCCCAGCCAAUCACAAUGACCCUGUCACAAGCACCUGCUUUUUGACUGGAUGGGGAAGCAUUGAACCAAAUCAGGAGAUGACAGUGGAGUAUUUAAGAGAAGCCAAGCUUGGUGUCUGGGAUGAGGAAGACUGCAGAAGAAACACCAUUGUGUCAGAGUCCAAUGUGGACACAAACUUCACGCUCUGUGCGGGGUACACAACAGGGACCCUAUCUGGAUGUAGGGGAGACAGUGGGAGUGGACUGAUGUGUGUGAACCGUUACAAUCAGUGGAGUGUGGAGGGCAUCAUGUCCAGUGGGGCGGCACAGUGCGGCGUGCCAUCCUCUCAGGCCUUGCGCUUUACCAAAGUGUCUGCCACCCUUUCCUGGAUCCAACAUGUCAUAUCUUACAGUUCACUGAUCCCUCCAACUCUCCAAAUCCCAAGAACUCUCUGAAGACCACACAGUUAUGUUCAGAUUCAAGACCAUGUUGUCCUGCUUAGUUCGAACUAUAGUGCUUGCCAAUCUUAAGUGGAUUAUUUGUUAAGGUUUACACAAAUUUAAUCUCAGGUUUUGAAGAAGCUUACAUGAUCUCAAAUACUGGUCAAAACAAUGUUUAAUGCUAUAAUCGAUUCCCUCAUAGAUCAAGUAGACCUUGACAUUCCCCCUGCUCCUAAAAUGACAGAAUUAUGUAAACACCCUCCUCCAAUUGACUGUUAUAUGAUCUGUUGAAAUUUAGAUUUAGAACUGGUGCUAAAUGCUAAAGCAUGUCAUUUCCAAAGUGCUUAUUUAUAUAAAAUUUUCAUUUUAUACUUAUCAUAUUUACGUUUUGAUAGAAUAUAUAUUUACAUGUAUUUAUUCCAAGUUAAUUUCUUAUAUAUGAAAUAAAAAUGGUUUGACUU